UCGCAUCACCUGCGCCAGCACCAUACACAGACACAUACACUCGACACGCUCUGCCCCCUCGAACACAGUCCUCGAUAGCUUUCCACCAACCAUGCGACCCCUGCCAGGCGGCGACGUGCUGUCCUCAUCUGCGAGGCCGCGGUCCCGCAAGUCAAGCGUCGAUCACCACCACACGACCGCAUCGAGCCAUGUCCCCACCGCCUUCUUCCUGAGGCGCGAGGAGGAAAUGGAGCAGUCGCGAGCUGCUUUCCAAAACACUGAGCCAGCAGGAAAGCUACGGGAGAGCACCUUUGGUGUACAAAGCCUAGCCGACACCCUGGAAGCUGCAUUUGGGCCAGAGGGCACUGCAGCAGCAGACAAGACGGCAAAGAGUCGCAACAAUGUAGGAGAUGAUGACAAAGGUACCUCAAGGUCACCAGUACGGAAGUUCAAGAGGAAGCUGUCGAACUAUGGCGCGUCUGCUUCUCUCACGCCAACUAGCAUCGGUGUAUCAUCCCCCAUGCCUACCUCAGCGCUGCCCGGCACACCUAGAUCCAUGUCCCUGCACUCGUUGAAGCUUUCAGACGAAGAGUCCGCGCUCGAUGAUGUCGCAAGCCAAGUCGUCACAUCAAGCGGAGAGGAGGAGGAGGAGGAUGAGGAGGGAGGAGAGGGAGAGAUACUUCAAGAUGCUCCGAGUAGCUUUCCCCAACUCGUCAUGCCGAGCAUCCAAAUGCCGACUAGGAGGCCGUUCACAACAAAAGGCAAAGCUAUGGGGAAGCUGAAGGUGCUUGUUGCUGGAGAGACUGGCAUCGGCAAGACAUCCCUCAUCCGAUCAGUCGUCCAGAUCUGCCAAGAUAUCGUGCACGUCGACCCAUUAUCUUCUUCCAGUUCUUUCUUGCAGCUGUCGCCACCCAAGUCCAAGUCCCGUAAGAGAAAGGCAGAUCAUGCGAGCACCACACGCGUGACAGAGAUACAUGCCAGCACCAAGCCAUACCCGCACUGGUGGACUGAUGUUGAAGAGACUCGAGUCAUUCGACGGAGGAAGAGCAGCAUGGACGCCAUUCUGGAAAGAAACAUAUGCUUUGUAGAUACUCCUGGAUACGCUCGGGGCUCGUCAGGGAAGGAGGACAUGAGCUUGGUAGUCGACUAUGUAGAGUCACUGUUGUACCAGACAGCUUCGAUGACAUCGAUGGAAGAAAGCGACGUCCUGGGAGUCAUCAGCGGCAACGGAGGCGUUGCGAUCGACGUAGUCAUCUAUCUGCUACCACCAAACCAAGACAUCUCGCAAGAUGUCGAAUUUAUGCAACGCCUUUCAUCCCUCACUAACGUCAUACCUGUCAUCGCGAAAUCGGAAACUUUGUCAGCACAGGAACUGAUAGCCCUGAAAACCUCUAUACUUUCUCGAUUACAGGCUACUACCGUCAAGCCUUUUUUCUUCGGCAAAGCACUGGACGAUGCAUUGAUUGCUGUGCAAGGCCUGUCGAUCAUGUACCCCGUAUCCACCCUCUCUUCUUCUUCCGUUCCAGUAUCACCAACCGAGCCUGAUCAGUACCCCUUCACCACUCCAACGUACCCUCACGCGAUAUCGUCAACCGCCGGACCAGACAAUGACACUAUGGAUGCAUCUCUGCUCAUGUCACCUGAUUACGUGCAGCCGCUCCUUCCUUCGGAACUUACCACCCUGGUCAAUCAGGUGUUCGAUCCGGAGUCGAUCUCUUGGUUACGACAUUGCGCAGCGAAGAAAUUCCUCGCAUGGCGGCGUAUAACGAAGUUACCGGGGAACUCUUUUGCAACACAGGACUUGCAAUACCCACGCAGCCACAGGACUGCUUCACUGGGACUGAACGGCGCUGCUAUGAACACAUCUGUGUCUUCCUCCAUCUUCUCUGCAGCAUCGCCAUCCGGAGUACUCGUCCCACGCUCAGGAUCGCCUUUCUUCCCACCAUCUCUACAGUCCCCAUUCGCUGGUUCCUCGUCCUCCCUUGCUCAAUCCGAGACCUUGGACCAUCCGACUGAUUUCUCGCUCACGCGUUAUAAUACAUAUGCCCAGGGCGAUCAACAUCUGACCGAAGUCCGAAUAGCAAAAUGGGCAACAGACCUCCAACGCAGUCUGCGCAACGAGCGCGAUCGUUUCGACGACUUGCAGCGCAACGAAAGAGCCACAUGGUUGCUCGAACGCGUGGGCGAAGAGGUAUCCCGUGGUACUAUUGUCGCAAAUCUUGGUGGACCGCCCAGAGCAGAGUGGGCCGUCGUUCGCUGUGGCGAUGAAAAGAAGGGUAAUCAAAGGUAUGGCAAAUCUGUGGGCCUGGACUCUAGGGACCCUUUGGGUCUUUGCGAUUUCAGCGACGAAGUUAGGAGGAGGGGUUUUGUAUUUGUCAAGGUUCUGGGUGGUGUUAGUGUGCUUGGUGCUGUUCUACUUGCGCUUUUGAGAGGUUGGGGAGUUGAGAUGCCGGAGGGCGGAGUCUGGGGUUGGAUUAUGGGGAAGACGGAGUAGGCGGGAUUCUGCUUUUCGAGCUUGACAUUGGUGUUAUGAUGUUCUUGUCUGCGUUGGUGUAUGGAUUAUACCCAUAUUUUAUAGUUGAUUAUUAGGAUUCUAGCUUGUUUACUACAUGUCUCUCGGGGUAAUGG